CGGGGCGGGGCUCUGGGGCGCUGCGUGGCCAGGAUGGGGGCAGCCGGGCGGUCUCGCUCCCUGGAGCCCCGAGCUCUGCCCAAGGGUCCGCGCGGCGCCCGCAAGGUGCGGGGAGCGCUGCGGGCGGCUGCCUGGGAGCCGUGGCCUGUCCUCCUGCGAGCCGUGUCCUGGGUGCCCCGGGGCGGCGCGGGGCGGGGUGCCACACGCUGGCCUGGCAGCCUGGCAUGUGGCGGAGUCUGUUUCUCAUUUUCAGAAGCUCAGGAAAUUCCAGGCGAGAGCGUCGGGGGAGGCAGGAAACGAGCGCGCCAGGGUCCCUCGGGCACCCAGGGCUCUGCCCCCCCUGCCCCGUGCCGCUGUCGGGGCGUCUGGUGAGGGCCCCGGUGCAGCCGGCUCUGGCCCACUUCCCCCCAGCAGCGUGGCGGGGGGCAAGGGAGGCAGGGCUGGGAGGGAUGUGGGGGAGGCAGCUUCCGAGGCAGUGGCUGGGAUGGAGCUGAGACCGGUGCCGUCUGCAUCUGCCCUGGGGUUUUCUCCCCAGCGCGUGGCCUGCUGGGGCCUGUAUUCCCCACCCAACUCCGGGGCGAGAAGCCCCAGCACCACACGUCUGCCUCUGGCAUUUGUCUUGGUGCUGCCUGCCUGCACCUCAAGGCCCCGUGUGCGGAGGGGCCACAGGAGGCCUUGUCUGUGACCAUGUGGAGCCCCUGCACAUGGAGCCGAUGACAGCUGGGUGCACAGACACCAGCGUAGCUUCAGCAGCUUGGAGAGUUGCCGGAUGUGCAGCCAGCAGCUGAGUGCAGGGCACAGCCGGGGGCAGAAGCCUCUCCCAGGCAGUAGGAAUGUGGCUGUGGGGUUACAGGUGAGGUAGGCGUGUGCCUUGCAGAGCACUGACCCCAGGCCCAGGCCUCGGAGGUGGGGGGUGUCAGGACAGAGCUACGCCUGUCAGUUACGGCUUGGGCUGGCCAGCCCUGGGGCAGCCUCUGCUGCUGCCCGGUGGAUUCUCCAGUCCAGAGCGGUUUCCCGCUGGGCCCUCACACAACUGACCCCAGGGAAACCCGAGGCCACCAGAGGCCUGUCCCCAUGGCCAGCCUGGAGCAGGCCUGUUACGCCUGCCCCGGCAGGAUGCAGCUCAGGGGAGCGACUGUUCCUGUGGUGCUGGUGGGGGCGGUCCCAAAGCCCAGGAGGAUGUUUUGCACCCGUGGACCUGGCAUGGUCCCAUCUGGGCACGACCCUGGGGGCAGGGGUGGGGGUCCUGCUCCAGAAUUGACCAUCGCCCUUGGCCCCUGCUGCCCUCUAGCGGCCACAUGAAGCACGGCAGGAGCUGGCUGUGCUGAUUCGGGGGGUGGGGAGGCGGCAGUGCCAAGGUGUCUGGCCAGAUGCUGAGGUGAUGGGCACGGGCCUCUUCUGGCAGGUGCAGUCCAAGAUGCGUGCUGUAGCAGGCCCAGGGUCAUGGGGUGGUGGCUGCCUGCUGGCUGUCGGCCCUCGCCUACCUGCCAUGUCUUGCAGGAGAAGGCUCCUGGGACAGGCACGUGGCACUUUCGGGUGCCCCAAGGUCCUGUGGCCCCAGGAUGGUCCUUCCAGUGGGCCCUGCCCUUUUACGCACCCUUUUCCUGUAGGCUCCAGCUCCCUGGAGCAGGGUCAGUCCUCACUUGCUGACCUAUGGCAUGGACUGCCUGGCACCCACCCUCCCCACCCCCCCAACACUGCUGCUGUUGCACCUGCUUGGUGCGCACUCAGCUGCUCCAGGCCUCACAGCUCCUAACUGAGUCAACCUGAGGGGCUUUGCUUCCCAAGGCUUGUCCCGAUGGGGAAGCUCCUGAGAAGCCUAAUUAACCCGCCAUCCCUGACUCUCAGUUCAGUCCCCCAAGCUGCUGCUCCCAGCCCUCAAGACUCCUCUUGUGCAGCGUAGCCCUUGCUGCCUGUGGUCCCCAGCAGCAUUUCCCUUCAUGUGUCUCCAGGCUCAGCAUCCAGCUUCUCACACUUCUAGCUUCUUCCCUGCCCCAGGCCAGGGAGCAGCUCAGCCAGCCAUAACGGGUCGCUGCAGCAGGGAAGAGGAUUCCUGGGCAGGGGUGGACGUGCUGGGCAUGUGUGCAGGGGUGGGCAAGCAGCCGUAUGGCUCUGACCCUCUCCUGGUCUGUUUGCAGCAGACUCACUGGUGGGGAAGAUCGCCAUGCCAGCCUACUCGCUAAGUGACGAUGAUUAUUCCUCGGGCUAUCAGCCACUGAGCGUGGAGAGUGAGGCUGAGGAGGGCGAUGUGGAUGGGGGGCCGCCGGGCACUGGCCUGGGGCAGAGCUGCCUGCAGUGUGCGGCAGGCGCGGACGCAGCAGUGGGCCGGGGCCAGCGCGUGGUCUACUCCUGCCAGCUCUGCCCCUUUGCCUCACACUACUCAAGCCACCUGAAGCGCCACAUGAAGACUCACAAUGGGGAGAAGCCGUUCCAGUGCCCACAGUGCGACUACGCUUCGGCUCAGCUGGUGAACCUGACGCGGCACCUGCGCACACACACAGGCGAGAAGCCCUACCACUGCGGGGGCUGCGGCUUCACCUGCAGCAGCCUGGGCAACCUCAAGCGCCAUGAGCGCAUCCACAGCCAAGACAAGCCCUUCCGCUGCGGCGCCUGCGCCUACCGCUGCAACCAGAGCCGGAACCUCAAGAGACACAUGCUCAGCCACCGCCCACCUGAGGGGGCAACGCGCCCACACAACCAGCCCCAAGGCACUACUGUGCUUGGUCCCGCAGAGCCGCUGCUGCCGGAGCUGAGCCUGCAUGGGGCGGGCGCGGGUGCCCCCUUCCUGCCUGGCUGCGCCCGGCUGCGGGGGGCCGAGGCGGGCACGCUGCCUGAGCUGCUCUUCCCCUUCACGUGCCGGGCCUGCGGGCUGGCCCUAGACGACGGGCUGGCGCCGGACGAGUGGCUGGCUGAGCCAACCUGUGCCCGCUGCAGCCUGGCAGCGCUGGAUGCUGAGUCAGGCACUGGCCCCCGCCCCGGCACAGCCAAGGGUUUCGCCUGCAGCCUGUGCCCCUUCGUGACCCACUACCCCAACCACCUGGCACGGCACAUGAAGACGCACAGCGGGGAGAAGCCGUUCGCCUGCCCACUCUGCCCCUAUGCCUCAGCCCACCUGGACAACCUCAAGCGGCACCAGCGCGUGCACACAGGCGAGAAGCCCUACAAGUGCGCACUGUGCGACUAUGCCUGCGGCAACCUGGCCAACCUCAAGCGCCACGGCCGCAUCCAUUCUGGGGACAAGCCCUUCCGCUGCGGCCUCUGCAGCUACAGCUGCAACCAGAGCAUGAACCUCAAGCGCCAUAUGCUGCGUCACACGGGCGAGAAGCCCUUCCAGUGCCGUGACUGCCCCUACACCACUGGCCACUGGGACAACUACAAGCGCCACCAGAAGAUCCACGGCCACGCUGCCGACACCUGGGUCAACCCCCGCAGCACCAAGGCCCUGCUCACCCCGCCACCUGCGGGUGCCCCCCUCCCCUAGGGUGGCCUGCAGCCAGGCCAGGCACUGCCACACGGGAACUCUGCUGCCUGCUGGGGCCGAGGCAGUCUGGGUCUGGCCCAGCCUGGUGGGAGCAGAGUGGGGGCCAGCCUUCCCCUGGGGGCACUUGCUCUGGGACCAGGCCAGAAGGACAGACAGCCGAGCUGCAAGGCCUCAGAUUGGAGGGGGGCUCUGUGGACUGAGCAGGACCCAGUCACACGGCAGGCCCUGCCCUGCAGCCCCUCCUGGUGGGGGGAGAGCAGGAGCAGGUCCUGUCACCACCAACCCCCUGCCAUCCCUUCAGGGCCUAAGGCCAAGGACACGGGGCUUACACCCUUGCCUGCCCCCCACCAGGGAAACUCUCAUCUGGAGGUAGGGGCUGCAGCUCAGAGCAGCCAUGGACCUCAUGGGACAGGCCUGACCUCCCUCUCCCAGCUGGCACUUGCCCCUGAGCUGCGGUUGCCACUCAAUUCUGUGUAAUUUAUAUUGUGUAUGAAAGCAUUAAACUGUCAGUUUCGUUA